AUGGGGUGGCGCGUGGCGGGAAUCCCUCAGGCGGCGGCGCUGUGGCUGCUCUUGGUGGCCUGCGCGGGGGCGCCGCUGUUGGCGCUGGCGCAGCCGUCCAAGGUGUCUCGCGGCGUCGCCGUGCCCUUCGUCUUCGACCCGCGCGCCGUGUGCGACGCCCCGCCUUGCCAGCACGGGGGCCUGUGCAUCCGGAACGGCACCUGCUUCUGCUCCAGGGGCUACGAGGGCGAGCGCUGCCAGUAUGGUUGGUAUAACGGCUAGAAGAGCGGGUGGUGGCCUUAACAAGUGUGGGGGAGGGGAAGCCCCCUUCCCGUGCAAGGUGUAGGUCAUUGCUGGACUUGAGAUGUGUGUUUUCAGGAUCCAACCACGUUCCUUUGACUAUCGGUGCUGAAUUUUAAAUUGCUGUAACCCGCCCUGGGAUUUUGCUGGGAAAGUGCCAGUAAUAAAUGUAACCCUAGUCCCUCUGGCGCAGGUUUGCAACUAAGCUCUCCUGCCUCUCUGCACCAGCCUUUCUUCGGGGGCUGCCCAUCCGAAGGGAUGGAGGAGCGACCCUCCGGGUGGAGGCAGAUCAGAGAGCCCUCUGGGGCGAGGUGGCAAGCUUCUUUACGGUCCCAUUGUUUUCUUGGAAUUAGUUUUGGGAGUUUUACUUCGAAGUCAAACUGCAGUCCUCUGCAUGCACGUUUACUUGGGAGAAAUGCAUGGGUGUUGGGUAUUCCAGAUUAUAAAUACGCAGGAAAGGGGUUAGUGCACAUUCAGGAUCGAAGGUUUGCUGCCCGAUCCUAUCGUUUACUUGGAAGCCCCGUCGAUUUCUGGCUGUCAUACUCUCACAGACAGGAAAUCGAGUCAAGUCCAGGAAAGCUAACACUACAGUAAGACUGCAAUCCUAUACCUUGGGCACAAGGGGACCUUAUUUCAAGUAAACAUGAGUAGGAUUGAGCACUACACUUCUGUUAAUCUCCUAAAGAUUCCUGCCACAAAGCUCAUGUUUUGUGUCUGCUGUGAAAGUUGACUGCCUGGAGUUUGUCAGCAUUGAUUUCAUUGGUGACGCUUGUUCCCAAGAAAGUGUCUGUGGGAUUGCAGUAGUGAGAACAAAGAGCAUUUUGGCUUCAGCAAGAGAUUCUUCUUACUGAAAGCAAGGUCUUGCUUGGCUGACAAGCCCCGCCUCAAUUCUUAUACUGAAGUGCUUUUACAGGAAUCCUUUCGUGACUAUGGAGGAAGAUGUAACCCAAGUAUUCAUCUGGUGGGAAUAAUGUGCUUGGCUGUUCCGCUUGCAAGUCACCCUUUUUCCAGCAUUAGGGAAAAUGUUUGAGCAGGGAAUCUAAAAAAGAAGAAGAAAUGCUGACCCUACUUUGUGUACUGCUUUUGUCCUCCUGAAAGUCCCAGAUCCCAAAGAAUAGAGGUGGGGGGAGAUAUGGGGGUGGAGCACACUUCAGGAACUUUCUGUAGUCCUUUCCUAAAUAUUCAGCUUGUUUAAAAGUAGGUCUCUAGCCCUUGUAUAUCUCUAGAGCCAGUAUGGUGCAGUGGUUAAGAGCGGUAGACUCGUAAUCUGGGGAACUGGGUUCUCGUCUCCGCUCCUCCACAUGCAGCUGCUGGGUGACCUUGGGCCAGUCACAUUUCUUUGAAGUCUCUCAGCCCCAAUCACCUCACAGAGUGUUUGUUGUGGGGGAGGAAGGGAAAGGAGAAUGUUAGCCGCUUUGAGACUCCUUUGGGUAGUGAUAAAGCGGGAUAUCAAAUCCAAACUCUUGUAGAAACUUUUAGAGAAACAAGGAAGAAUUCAGCGACAGUAUGCUCUCCAGUUGAUCCCUGUGCACCAAAGUUGUUUCUGCCUUCUGGUGUUCUGACUAAUGAGUGCAAAGGCAUGGGGACAAUUGACAAGUGCUGGGGGAGCUAGGGAAUAUUGCAUGGAUUGUGAAUGGAGAAACUUUUUGACAAACUUUGUGGACAAACCUAUCAGUGGUUAGUGGAGCCUGGUGCAAAAGUGGACGUGACUCUUACCCAGAGCUUUCCAAAUUGUGUGCCACGACAUGUUAGUGUGUCGGCUGCAGUGUGUAGGUGUGUCACACAUACGCUCCCCAUGCUUUUCCCGUGGCUGGAAAGGGUUAGUUUAACCUCUGGUUUGCUAGUAAAACCGAAUUACUGUGUCAUGAAAUGAUGCAAAACUGAAUUACUGUGUCGCGAAAUGAUGCACUUCCAAAAAGUGUGUCACCAACUUGAAAAGUUUGGAAAGCUCUGCUCUUAUCUUCGAACUGUGGGUUACAUUCUAGCUGUACAAAUUCAGAUGUUUCUACAGACACCCAUUACAUCUCUCUCCAUCUUCGUUCUGGCAGGCAAGAGGCAUUGCCAUCGUUCAAGGAAGGACAAAUUCCAGCCAGGCAAAAGCACUCAAGGACGGUGUGCCCCAGAGAAAGCCUUGAGGGCCAGUAGAGAGACCUAGAACACCCAGGCCUGAGGUUCCCCACCCCUGCACUAAGUCCUUAUUUCUAAUGUAGCAAAAUGUUUUUAAAAAUUGAAUUAACAUUUAAUUAAUUCAUUUUAUUUACUUUUAUGCCCAGUAACAAAAGUUCUCAGGGUGGUUUAUGAUGGCAUAUUUGUGUGCUCUGGCUGUACUAUGGUGAUUCCCUCCUGCUUUAAACUUCUUCACCAAAAACCUUCAAGACCUCAGGAUUCAGUCUGAGAUAUAGGUAAGUUGAGUAAAAGCUGGAAGAUAGUGAGGACAUGGUGUUUUAAGCCUCAAGGCUAGAAGCAAAGAAGAUGAAGGGUUGCAAAGAAGAUGAAGGGUAGGGUUGCCAUAUUUCAAACAGUGAAAAUCCAGACAGAAAAGCUGCUGAGCAAAAAAAUACCGUUUUUUAAUGAAAAACGGCACUGCCAACAUGGGCUGCCAUACGUCCAGAUUUCCCCUGACAUUUUUUACCAAUUUCCACCCAGACACUGCUGCUGACUCCAGUGUCCCUGAUAUGUCCGGGAAAUCCAGGACAUAUGACAACCCUAUGAAUAGGCCCAGUCUGUCCCUCAAAACUCAACAAUCUGUGGAGGCCAUUUUGAUAUUUUGCCAAACAUAGCCUAAGGCCAAUGCUUGUUUGUUAAUUUGUUUUGACAUUUACACACCAUCUUUUAUGAUUUAACUCAAACUCAAUGAAAUUCAAUUUGAUUAUGAAUUAAAUUUCAACUUAAAAUUAUAAAUCACAACAAGGUUCAAGCAAUCCUAAUACUUAAAUGAAACAUCCAGAAGAAUGGCAGCAUAAAAUCAGCCAUCAACAACUGAAAGAAAACAACACCAGUGGCUUAUGCUGCCAGUGGCUUUAACUUGUAUAAUAUGCCUGCCAGAAUACAGCCUUGGGGAAAUGUAUAAAAGUAGAUACCUUUAUUGAUACAGACAGUAUAAUGAAAGGAGAUUAUACCAAUUAAUCAGGUAUAGUUAUGUCUGGGGUGGAAAGCUACUUAUAAGGAUUAUCACAAGAGGGGGUCGAAUAUGAAGAAUCUUUUAUUUGCAUAAUUGAAUUAGGAAUAGUUCUUUGGAGAAUCAAAUGCAUAUCACUCUCUAUUAGUAAAGUGAAUAGUUAGCAUGUAGCUACUCUGGGUAUUAAAAUGGGUGGGUCCCUGAAGAUGGGAAGAAACAAAACCCCUCUAAGUAUGCAAACAAAUCUUGCUUUUAAAAAAAGAAAGCCCAACUUUUACUUUAAAACCUGGGUUACAGAGCUACUACCACCACCCUAUAUCCAUGGAUCUCAGUGUGGUUCACAACGUAAAAUCACAAUAUAAAAAACAGAAAAGGAAAAAGGAAAAAAUACAUAAUGAAUAUGUGUGUGUAUAUAUAUAUAUGUGUGUGUCUGUGUGUGCGUGUGUAUAUACCUAAUAUGUACAUGCAUUUAAUAAAUAAUAAUACAUUUAAAAGGCCAUAAGCUGUUUAAUUAGCACAAGGCCUGGGAGAAGAGGAAUGUUUUUGUCUGGUGCCUGAAGAUUUGUAACGAAGGUGUUAGGAGAGACUCCCUGGGGAGAGCAUUCCACAAGUGGGGAGCCACUGCAGAAAAGGCCCCUUCUCGUCUUACCACCCUCUGGAGCCACCUUCAUGAAGGAGGUACACGAAGAGUGGCCUCAGAUGAUGAUCACAGGGGCCAGGUCAGUUCAUAUGGGGAGAGGCAGUCCUUGAGGGACUGCAGUAUUUUGUUGAACAUUUGAACAAGUUUUAAAAUACUAAUAAAUGCUUACUGCGACCUUUAAAAAAUAUUUCAAGGAUUUAAUAAGAAUUUUGAAAACACUACCAAAUGGAGAAAAAAGAAUGGUAGCAGUGGACUACUUAUGGGCAAUACUUAUUGCAAUGCACUGAAAUAUUUUUUUCUGCUCUUCAUUCAUGAACAAUGAUUUAAAUAAUUCUUGCUCACAUACUUUUUUGAGAAGUGUUUCUUCUUGUGAUAAGCUGCUAAUGUUUGCCAUUCAUUAUUUUUUUGUUAAAGUGCACAUCUUUUUAUUAUUUUAAAAAAAUUGCCAUUUCCAACAUUUAAUUUGUGCGUUCAGAGACCAGAACCGUCAUCACACAUUAUAGACUCCUGCCAGUAAAUUCCUGGUGAUCACCUGAAUCUCAAUUUAAUCCAUAAUGCAAGUCCAGAGGAAAACCUGAAAACGUUCUAUUGAAAAUUGUUUGCAGAUAGCAAAUACAUCGAAAUCGGGAUUGGCUCAUGAAUGAUUUAUUAGCCAAGAACUAGCUAAACUUGUCAGAUAAUUUGUUUGCACAAAAUCAUCGAAGCAGCCGUAUGCCAAAAUGUGCAAUUUCCCAGUUAUUUAUUUGUCCAUCGUGCAGGCACAUCUUGUAGCUGCCACAAAGAAUUCCCCUAGAAUCCACAAGGAAUACUGUCUCCUCAGCAGGUUUUCAUUUUAAUCCCAUAUUUAGCAUGGAUGAAAACUUAAGAAAAUGCUGUUUGCUGUAGGAAAACUAUUUGUGAAGAAGCUGAUUAAUCACUGGGAAAGGCUGGUGAAAGGGGUGGGGUGCGGUGAUGAGAAAAAUGGUUGUUUGAGGACGUAAUCAGUUUUAACUGUAGAAAGAUUUGCAGUUGUGUUGUGCAGUUCCACAUGGCUUCCAACCAUAAAUCAAAAACUUAAGAGCUCAGAUGAAGUUAGAUGUGGGUUCACAGCUGCUACCAGAACUGUCCUGAAUAACCAGGCAGUCUAAGGACCCAUGAUAUUCCCAAUGGAUUAUUAGCAUCAAUAAAGCUUUAGAACCAACUACAGUCAUACCUUGGAAGUUGAAGCUCCAGCAGCCAAUUGGAAGCCACAGAAGUCACCAAUGGACGUUCGGGUUCCAAAGAACCUUUGCAAACAGGAACAAUCACUUCCUGGUUUGCGGCGUUUGGGACCCAAAAUGUUCGACUCGCAAGUUGUUUGAGAUCCAAGGUAUGACUGUAGUUCCUUUUAGAUAGACCUGUUAAUUGUGUAUUGCCCAGAUCAGUGGAAGGGGUAAUGAAUGAAUGAAUGAAUGAAAUCUGCUUUUUGAAAUGCACCUUUACAUCUUAAAUAAGAAGCCAUUUGUUAAGCAAAAUGGGCAGUACUCAGAAAGAAGCAUGGCAGAAAAUAAAUGAUCAAAUUAUUAGUGUUACCGAAAUGAUAAACUCGCUGAUUCAGGGAGAAUCAAUCAGGUGUUCAAGAAUAAAGGGAGCGGGGGAGUUAACUUUAUGCAAACUGAGCACUCACUUCUGUCAAAUCUACCAGUACACCCAGCACUAACUUCAAAGGGACUUCAAGAGCUAAACCUGUCCCAUCAUCCUUGACCAGUGAGAUAGGAGUGAUUCAUUUAUAAUAUUUCUGUAGCCAUGUUGUACUGUUACAUUUGCACCAAUGUUCAUCUGGAUUAGCUCUUAAUCAGAGUUGAAAAGCAAAGCAUUUCCCAUUACUGUAGCUCUUCUUUUUUGCCUCUGGUUUAGCUAUUGAGGAAUAGCUAAUCUAUUGAAGAAUAGCAUGACCCUUCGCUUUGGAGAUUGGAUUUGGGUCAGAGUCAUUCUGUCACCAGUUCUUUUCAUACAGCAUUUGAGAGCUAAUUAAUAUAAUCAGUUGUGGUGGUUGUUGUCAGAUGACAAGCUUUGCUCCUAUCACUGGAUAGCAAACAGUAUUUAACGUGAUAAGAAAGUUCAGUCUUCAUUAUAGCCAUUUCACAAACCAAAUUAGUAGAUUAGUAGAUUAUAUUUACCAUUACUGAAUGUACAGCAUGCAAUCAUAUGAAUUGCUGCCCGGUCUACUGGGCCCAGGCGAAUGUAUGAAUUAACUGGUAGGCUCCUUAAGGGAGUAGGGUGCUUUUGAGUAGACUGUUCCCAACCCCGAAGCCCAGAAAUGUCUCAUCUAACUUUCUUUGUCCCUUUAUUUUGGUUCAUAGCAACUUGUUAUCCGAAAUGUAAAAAUGGUGGGAAAUGUCUCAGGCCUGGAAAAUGCAGAUGUCAGCCUGGCUAUGGAGGACGAUACUGUCAUAAAGGUAAGUUGAGUUUAGACAGUUUUCAAAUUGUAGCAAAGAGUGGGGGAAUAGUCUAAAACCAUUGCACUUUUAGUCCAAAGCUUUUUGAGGGUACUAGGUUGGUCAGGACUGCAAUACAGACAUGGUAUAAUGUGUCUGGAACUCUUAUAUAUUGAGAUUAAUAUUUGAUUACUAUUUGCAUUUCUGGAUCUGUUGUGCAGUCGCUUUGAAUGUUUCAUUUUGAGGCAGAAAGUCAGGAUCGCAACGUUUUCCAUAAAUAACAAUAAGCAGGUAUAACAUUAUCGUAAACAAAUGAGCAUGAAAUUUCCACUUAUAUGCCUCAACUCCAUUCUAGAAUUGUUGCUUGGAAGAGGCAACAUUUAUGCAACAAAACACCCUUGCUAUAAUGCUAUAAUGGCUUGCUUUGUGCCUGUGCUGUUUCCUUCCAGUAAGCUGUGAGGGAGGGUGUCAAAAUGGUGGUGAGUGCAUCUCGGUCAACGGGCUGGUAAAGUGUCUUUGUGCUUCAGGCUGGACAGGAUCAAGAUGCCAAGAAGGUAAAAAUCUUCACUUCGUUAGUUAUUGCGUUUCAGUCCCACUCUUCUUUCAACUUGGAGUUUUCCCCAUUUUAUUGUUGAAACAAUCGGUAUAAAUAGAUUAGGCCGAGAGAGAGAGAGAGAGAGAGAGAGAGAGAGAGAGAGAGAUUUGUUCAGGGUUGCUCAGUAACUUUUAUGGCUGAAUGGGGAUCUGAAUUCAGGUCUCCUGUUCCAAGCUGAACUUUUCCCACUAUGGUACGCUAGUUAUCUAACGCCUGGCAGUGGAGAGGAGAGAAGAUGUCAACUGGUGCUUGGAUGCAGUUCAUUAAAAUAUAUCCAGUGUGUUUCGGGGGCAAAUCGCCUUAUAUGAUUCUGCACGGAGGGGUUCCUCCUACUCUUUCCCCCCAAAAAAUCACUUUCAGAGCUAACACAGUUUACCCUCUGUUCAAGAGGUAACCGUUUCUGAGAAUGACAGCUAAAGCCACUGCUCUCAAUCUGUCAGUUUCAUGCAAAGGUAGAAUGUGGUCACUUUUAAUGAUGUUAGUGUUCUGUUCUGGUCCGAGGGAAGAAAUAUCCCCCCCUUAAACCAGGGAUGCCUAACCUAUGGACUUCUGAAUGUUGCAGAACUACAACUCCCAUCAGCCUCACCCAGCAUGGCAAAUGGCCACAGGUGAUGAGAGUUGUAGUUUGGCAACAUCUGUAAGACCCCUGCUUAAAACAUUCUCUAAUGCUCUAUAGUGGGGGCGGGGAAAUCUCAUCAUCACCCCUUCAGAUGUUGGUGGACUACAGUUCCCAUCAUCCCUGACCACUGGCCAUGUUGGCUGGGGCUGAUGGAAGUUGGACUCCAGCGACAUCUGGAGGACCAUAGGUGUCCCCCACCCCCUGCCAUCCCCAGCUCUACAGUAUAAUAUUGAGAGACCGAGAUAGAUGACUUUGCUUUAUUGUUCUUUCGUUGCAGCGGUUUGUCCUCAGGGAUGUCGGAAUGGAGCAACUUGCGUCGCUCCUGGAAUCUGCAGCUGUGCAACUGGCUGGGUCGGCGGCGCCUGUCAUUUAGGUGAGUUACAUAUCUUUUAGAGCCUCUUAAAUGAAAUGCCUAAAAGCUGACAUGAUCAUCGUGACACCCGCAAGAGCAACAAAGUCUUUGCAGAGGCGUAUGAGCUGCACCCAGAUUCCCACCCUCAUUACCUGUCUCAUGUGUGUACUAUCCCCUCAUCUAAAUAUGAACGGAUCGAUGCAGAUAGGAAAUAUUGCAUGAGUUACUAAUUUUGUAUUGGGAUAUAGCUGACCUGAGCAGUUGCUGGCGUGUAGUUGGCAGUUCAUUAACUGUACCUGCCUUUGGUCAGUGGCUCUUCCAUGGCUGUCCCAUGCAAGAUUGACUGAAAUGAAUGAGGCAGCAGCAAUGUAAAGACAGAUUGCUGGUUUGCAUUGUUAGGCAAGUCCUACUGAAAUUUAUGGAACAUGAAUAGUAGUAGGAAUGAUGAUGAUCAUUAUAGUAGUUGUUGUAGUAGUAGUAGUAGUAAAUAAUAAUAAUAAAUUUUGUGCUUCAUCUAAUGCGGUCUGUUCUAUAUGAAACCUGCAAUCUAGUCUAACUUCAAAUUUCAUUGGGUAAAUAGCCGUUACCACUCAGAUGCUGAUAUUGGUGAAAGUUAGGAUAAAAUAGACAAUACUGAUGCUCCAGAAAUGAGUUUCACAUUACAGCAACCUCUAGGAUUUCUUUUUCCAGUUUAGCAGGGCUUUAAAAAGAAGGGAAAGAGUCUUCCUCUUCCCUAAAGGCAGACAAAAAUAGUCUGUCCAUAGCUGCUGCAGCCUUGAAGUGGAAAGCAUGCAAUCCUCUUAAUGCAGUGGUUUGCAAAUGGUGGGUCAAAGCCCUUAAGGCAAUGAUAGAUGUCAAGUGGGCGGGUCACUAAACUGAGUAACAAGUGCCAAGCAUGAAGCAAUGCAAGUGGAUAAGAGAGUAUCUUAAAAGCAGCUUCUGGGAUCCUUCAGCUAAAGGAUAUAAGUGACUGUCAAGUAUGUCUGUGCCUGGAGCUGCAUUUGUCUGGGUCAGUGGCUGCAAUCUAGUAGUGCAUUCUGAAUUAAGGCAAUGUGGGAUGGAUUGGGUACAGAAGCUUCCAGGCAGGACCUUUCUUGAGGCAGAAAGUCAGCUGAAUUGAAUUGUGCUGCCAUCUGUCUUUCCUUGAGACUAACGUGACAGCUACUCUUACAACAAAUGACUGAGACUAACUAUAUAGGAGUGACUGUGAGGACCAUAAACCUCUUGUGUUUACUGUACCUCUAAUUCUCAAAUACACCAUUACUUUCUGUUGGGGCAUCAUUCUCUUUCAGUACUUGCAUGAUCAUGAGCGCUUUUAGAACUAUCAGUGGCAACUUCUUUCUUUUCUUGCUUCUAAGAUGGGGGAGUGCUGCUUUCGAGAGAUGGCCCUUGAACUGAGUUCCCUGUGAAGUAGUGAUUAGCUACUUCGCUUUUGAGUCUCUGGAUUAAUCUUAUGGGUUAAUCCUCUUGAAAUGAAUAAUCAUUGCAAUAGCAGUAUGUCGAAGUAACAGGUAUAGAAAUAUAGAACAGCACAGAAACAUGCCAAACAGUAGGUACUGCUAGAAUGGCUCUGCAAAGGAGCAUUCUAUUCUGGUUGCUUUUAUUAGGAACCCACACAAAUCACCAUGACUGGCUAAAUAACUUGUAAUUUGCUUCUCUCACCUGCAACGGUGCAGACCUGAAAACUGCUUUAAAGUUCGAGAACACCCAUGAGGGUUAUUUAUUUUUCUAUUCGUUUUAUGAGUCACUUCUCAACAAGUUGUCUCCAAAGCAUCUUGCAAUAUUGAAAAAGUUUGAAACAAUAAUGAAUGAUAAAACCAUAAUCAACAGUAAUGUAAACAACAGGCAGAAGUGAAAAUUAAUAAGGGAGCAGUCAAUAAAAAUGCAGAUCCAAUAGAAGGCAGAAAACAAUUUAGCUUUGGUAAAAAGAAAAAUGUCGACACAGUGUGUAAAUGAUGAUAAUGUUUAGAUUUACAGACCUGUCUAGGGAGUUCAGUCACCACUGAAAAGGCCCUCUUUUUUAUUGCCAAGGUGCCAAUUACUCACAGUGUCCUCCUGGAAGGGAAAGACGCUUGAGCAUCAAUCAGUUAGCACAACAGAUGUCAGGCGUCAGGGAAUCCGACCCCCCACGGUAGACUGCCAGGAAUAGAUAGACAAGGAAGGCUCUUACCAAUGUCUUACAUUCAGUAUUUACAGAGAGAGGCUUAGAAAUGCAGCCUCUUGGAGUAAUGGCAUUGCUCCAAGUAAUCUUCACCCCCCCCCUCCUCAAUCAUCAACAGCACCACCCAGCUUACGGUGGCUGCUUAGAGCCAUUUGUCUCUGAGCCCUUUGCUCUCCUACUUUCACUGCUCGCUGGGUUCUGGGAGAAGGGGGGGUCUGGAAUGAUUUCUAGUGAUAACAUGUUAGCCAGCUGCUCUGACUCUACCUCCCCCUCCUCUUCUCCUGUUAUUCUCAACUUUGCCCCUCAUCUACCUCUGAGCUGUGACCUCCCUCAAACCCCUGUUGUAAAUCUAAACUGUCUUCCUCUUCUCUGGAAGGCCCUGGCUGCGGAGACGUUCUCCACCAUUCCUCCUCUGUCCAGUCCCUGACAACAGAUCGCCCUGCUCAGGCCUAAAUUUUGUACUUGCAUGGAAUUGCCAUAGUCCUGCCAAGCCAUGUUUCCCUUUCAAACCAGUUUGUAAACUCAUGGGCAGGCAAGCAAGCAGGAUGGGUGGGAUUUAAACAAGCCAUAGGUUUUGAAAUCACAAGACAUUUCCCCAUUUGAAUUAUUUUUAAAUCACAACAAUCGUUUCUCCAAGUAUAAGAUUUAACAAAAUUCCGACACUAUAAGGAUGAAUGGCAGGCAUGGAUACUGUAGUUCUGCUGUAUUUUAAUGAUAUUUUCUUCUUAGGAAUAAUUGUGAUAAUUCAAUAAAAUACUAUGCAUCAAAUGCAGUUAAUGAGAUGAAAUCUGUGCUGUGUAACUGAUAUGAGUUUUGGACUCCCCCCCAGCAUUGUGUAGGUUGCCAUGUCAGCAUGGAGGCAAAUGCAUCGCUCCAGAUGUGUGCAGAUGUCGUUCACCAUACUCUGGUAUACAGUGUACAAAGAAAAUGAAGCAAUGAGACAGCCUACUCUGAAGACGAGCUCCUUUUAUUUUAAUGAAUAAACAUUGGGAGAAAGGAGAAAUUUUGCAUUAUGCUAGUCGGUCCAUCCAUAGGAUUUUAAAGUCUUGAUUAUAUAUUAAAUGAAUGCUCUCCUAUACUGAAGGGCGUUUUUGUUUUUUUUAAAGUAUGGCAAUAUCAAAGCAGUUGAAUGUGUAUCAAAAUAUAUGCGUGGGGAGAAUUUGGAAGCACGUGGAUACCUUAUGUUUCAUUUUAGCACAUGUAACAUUGAAUAUUUUUUACUGAAUAAAGCAUUCCCGCCCCCCGCCAAAA